AUGUCUAAUCUUCGACAAACAAUUAUCCAGACAAUCAUGACAAAGCCAUAUUUAACAGGACCACAAUUAGAGCAGAUUAUUGCUCCUUUAAAUACAACAAAAGAUCAAUUUAUCUCACAAACAAAUAAAACUCUUGAUCCUAUUGGCUUAAUUCUUAGAGCAUGUACCUCCGACUACGAUGACCAAGAAUAUUUUGGUAUUUGCCAAAUCUAUGAAGAUCCAAACGGAAAAGAAGGUCUUGGAAUCAGAGCUGAGAUUGUACAGCUAUAUUAUAAGUUCCUUGAGUUACUUAUUAACGGACAAAACAAUGAUGAUGCUCCUAUUACAGUUGGAAAACUUCUUGACAUCGCUCCAGAUAAUAUCACUCAAAGUGUUGCACAAGAUGGUCUUAAUCAAUUAAAAUCAUUAGGAUACAUAGACAUUGUUAAUGACAAUGUUAGAAUGGGCCCAAGAGGCUUAUUAGAGUUCCUACCUAAAUUCAGCCAGAAAUCACUCGAAUCUGAAGAAAGUAACUCCAGAAAAUGCCAAAUCUGCUUCGAUAUCUUCCUUGCAGGCUUCAAAUGCUCAAGAUGUUCUUGCAUCAUCCACAAACGCUGUUUCGAGAGAUAUUCUCGUGAUAGAGAAAAUCCACCAUGCCCUCAAUGCGGCUGCACCGAACCAUUCAUUCCAUAUGGAAUUUAA